AUGACUCUCGCAACCUUCCGCACCUCGUACAGGUGCGCCCAUCUCGCCGAUAUGCGCCUAGCUAUCGAGGACGCUGCGGGUGGGCCGCCUCGCCGUCCGCCUCCCAGCACUCCCGCUCCGAAGGGUGCUUCGCCAUUGACGGUCACCCCAGAGCACAGCCAUUCUCGCUAUGCUCUUCCUCUCGCUCUCCCUCCCAUGUUUUCGCAGUACAAAAUUGCAAGCGCGAAAGCUUCGCAGGCCCGCACCGGAAGUUCUGAGCAGCUCCCUCAUCGCCAGCGCAUGGUUCCGCUAUCUGCCUCCAUUCAUGGCGACUUUCGCUCGGCUUCGAAACCUGCGCGCUCGAGCGUCGACUAUAUGACGGAUGGGACUGCGCAGAGCAUCGCAGAGCCGACUCUUGAGAAUGAGCUUCUCGUCGGCGCAGAGCCUUCUUCCGUAACUCAGGUUGAAGCUGCUCCCUCCCUAGAUUUUGCUGAGGUUUCUGAGCCUCGGGCGUAUCCCAAGCUUGACGCAGUCGCACUUGCCGUGGCCACACUUGCCUCUAUGGAUCGCGACAGCACGACUUUCACUGCCGAGCCUGACGACGCGACCCUUCUCUCCGAGCAGGAUUCGAACAGCCCUUUGCCUUCAAAUAACUCUGUAGCCGAUAGUGACGGCUUGGUUGCUGGUCGCGACUUUGACGAUGAGGCUACUAGUGAGGCUACUAGUAACGACAAUUCGGAUACCAGCGACACUACUAGUAAGGACAAUUCGGAUGCUAGCGAGGCUGCUGGUGACGGCAAUUCGGAUACCAGCGAGACUACUAGUGACGAUAGCUCGGAUGAUGAGCCUCAAGCUGCUCCUGAUUCUCCUAUUGUAGAUACCGAGGCAAUUAUCCGAAGCAUCAUUUCACGUACUCUUGCUCGCCGUCAAUCUACCCCCGAGUCUGAUAAUGAGGCUACUAGCGAGGAUGCUAGUGACGAUGAUUCGGAUGCUAGCGAGACUACUAGUGACGACAAUUCAGAUGCUAGCGAGACUGCUCGUAACGAUAGCUCGGAUGAUGAGCCUCAAGCGCUCCUGAUUCUCCUGUUACAGAUAUCGAGGCAGCUAUACGAAGCAUCCGUUUCGACCCUCUACACAGCUCAAAAAGAGCUGCGUGCCCAAAUACGCGAGGUUUCCGAGUAUCAGACUCGUAGCUUGGAAGCUGCUGAGCGCAUUAAGAAAGCACUUCAGCAGGACCAGUAUUCAGCUACUGUUGUCUCGACGUCUGUCAAUUCUGCUGCCUUGGACCUCGCUGCGUUCAAGCAGUCCGUCAAUUCCACUGCCAAGGACUUGCCGGAGUUGAACAUUCGGAUGGAGCCGCGCGUGCAUCGUCCAGUGGGCCGUAAUAUUAACUCGGUCAAACUCGCCGGCUUUGGUCACAAUUCUCUGAAGGGGGUUGCUACGCCCAAGUCCUCAACUCAUGCUGCUAAGCUAUUCGCGAAGGUUGAAUCUGCGGUUUCCUUUCUCAUUGAAUCCAGUUCUCGCAUAUCGGCUGUUUCCUCCGCCUUCGGCUCCAGCAAGUCUCUCAAACGCACUGUUUCGAAGGAUACAAGCUCCCGCCCCCGCAAGCUUGUCAAAUCCGCCAAGUCUAGUACGUCUGUUGAUAGCGACGAGCCCGAGGUUUCGCCUCUUCUCCCCGACAUCACGUUGUCGAUGGCUUCGCCGCCGGUUCGCCGCCGGUUCUAA